AUGGAUGGUGAUUCUACGACACAGCAACUUCUUCGUGGACAUUUAAAGGGCGAAGACUCAUUGACUCAAGAAUUAUUAAGAAAGGAUCGGAAUUCGUCAACAACAGAAUAUCUCCUGAAUCAGCCAUUAAACGAGCUAUUGAACAUACAUACGCCAUUGCAAGACAAAGAUGAGUCCGAUUUAGUGCGACUACUGACUCCUAUCUCAUUUGAGAAUGAUAACACUUCCUUUCAUAGCAAAAAUAUAACUGAUGAAUAUAUUCCAAUUUUACGAAGUCCCAUAUCAAUAAAUUCAAACAAGUUUGGUUUUGAACAAAGACAAAUUUACAAUGUACUCAAUGAUUUGUUUCACAACAUUCGGAUGUUGCUGUAUCAUAACGGUUAUUCUCAGUUCUUUCUCAAGAUUUUCAAGACUUAUGUCACAAAUCUCUUUCUGGAUAAUAAAAACCCAUUGAAUGAUCCCAUAGUCGUUAUUUUACAAAACGAAAUUAAUCCCAAUUUCAAGAUGACGGAAAAUUUGAAUAUAGUUAUUAUGAAAUUUCUUAUCAAUUCAAGUAAUGACAAAUCAAUAAAACUAUCGUUUUUCCAAUCAAAUAGAGAUGAUAAGUUGUUAGAUACAGUCUUAAAAAAAUGGCUCUUGAAAACAAAAAUAAAAACUAUUCAAUUGAAAAAACUACAAAUCUUCAAUAGACUGCAUUUAACCAAAUACUUGAAAGUUUGGUUUGACGUUUAUAAUAACAAAGUUGUAGAUUUAAAUAUGGAUUCCAAUGAGUUCAACGAAUUUAGAUUGAUUUCAAAAAAUUUCGAUAGAAUAGCUCUCAACUACAAUUCUAUAAUUUCAAUGGAACUUCUAGCUGACAACACUUUUCUUUCAAAAUUUUUCUCAAGACUUUCAAAUAAAUCAAGAUUGUUGAAGGAUUCCUUAAAAUCGUUCCAUCAUAAAAAUAAUAAUUCACUAAUUAAAAUGGCAUUAGCCAAAAAGUGGAAAUUACAGUACAUUUUAUCUAAGAAGAACUUGGAUUCCCCAUUUUUGAAAAAAAGGUAUUUCGAAAAACUAAGAAGCCAUUAUCAACAAACAUUGCUGAAUAAUGAACGAUCUCAGAUAGCUAAUCGCAUAUUUGUAUUACAGUCAACUUUACAUAAGUGGGAGAAGAAAACUAAGGCCAUUAAUUCAAACUUAAUUGAAUUAAGAAAACUGCAAAAACAUUUUACUCUAAAGCGGUAUCUGAUAAUUUGGAAAAGAUCAUCAAAUGAUAGUAUUUUGGAAAAAAAUGCUUGUGCAAGAUUAGAUAAUAUUCUUUUAAAAUUUAUCUUCUCUCAGAUAUGGUACAAGAGAUUCAAUGAAAGAUUUCACUUUUUAUACUCAGUGAGUGAGAUUAAAAAUGACAAGACUAAACAGUGGUUUUUAAAUAUAUGGAAGAAAAAACUUUUCUUGAACUUGAAUUCAAUUGAAUUCCGUAAUACAACAUUAGUUAAGUCACACUUCAAGAAGAUUGUUUUAUAUUUUCAUUUAAGAAAGUUUCAAAAUUAUCAAGGGCACAAAACUUUUUCCAAAGUUCUCCACCAAAAUUGGCACAAUGAAUUCAAGGUUCUACAAUUUAAAAAGCAAAUAUUAUCAAAAAGAUAUUUGGCAAAAUGGCAAACGAAAUAUGACAAUAUUAGACGAUUGCAGCAAAUUGCCGCGCAGUAUCGUGAUCAAAAUUCAGAGUUUAAAGUGUUUUUCAAUCAACUCAAAAUUAAAUAUCACGACAUAGAAAAUUUAAAGUUGAAAUCUUUAAUCUUUGAACAAUUGAAGGCUAUUAAGACGAUAAGACGUGGAAUUUCACAUAUUCUGGCUGUAAAUGACUUAUACAAACAAAAUCAGCCGCUCCAAUUGGCUAAAAGAGAAUAUUCGUUCAAAUAUCUUCAUCUUUGGAUGGAAAAAGUGCAGAAUCAUAACAUUCAAAAGUUAAAUACGCACUUGUUGUUAUAUGAAAAGAAAAAGGUGAAAAGAUUAAAAUCCAAGUACUGGCACUCUUUUAGAAGUAAAUUUAAUUUUUGUCACGAUAUACUAAAUGAUGCUUCAAGAGAUUUUGAAAAGAUUAAAUUAAAUAAGGUAAUAUUCAAUACGAUGAUAACGAAAUAUACGCAGUAUAAGGUGGAUUUACGAGAAGGUGCUGAUUUAAACAGAUUAACAACUUCACAAAAAAUGUUUUCAAUGUGGAUUGAAAAACUCAAUAGAAAAUCGGAAUUAGAAUUGGAAUUAAGAAACUUUCAAGACUCAGUGAACUUCCAUAUUGUUUCGAAUAAUUUGAAAAUUUGGACGAUGAAAUUAUUAAAGCUACAAACAAAUAAUGAAAAGGCACACUCAAUUAGGAAAAGGUGGCAAAGAGCUACAUUGAGAGGUAUUUUAAAUCUUUGGAAACUGAAGUCAGAGACGAAACAAACCUCCUUACAGACUCCUCAUAGGCCAAUCACGCCCAACAGUAGCGAUGAUGUUACAACGAUACCUGGAUCAACUGCCGUAAGAAGAACAAGAAUGGAGGCAAUGAUGUCGCAUUAUAGUAAGGCUAGGAGAAGAGCAAUACCAAGUCCACUCAAAUCGUCAAAUGCACUAGAUACGACGGUAAAACGUAAAUUGAAUUCAGUAGAGGGUAAUUUCAAACCUCUAAGGCUAGAUUUUGGAAAUCUAGAAGCACUUAAGCCCUCAAAUGAUAGGCCUGCAAGAUCCAGAAGGGAAGUAACUUUGACCGGUUCGCCCACUAGUCGGAGAAGCUUCGCAACCACGCCGAAUGUUAUAUAA